UGCAGAGCCCUUAAAAAGGAAAGAUAUUUUAGUUUCCGACAGAAUCUAGUCACUCUCUUGGAGGCCUCCAUUAACUUACACUCAGUCAAUUGCAGAUGAAGUUCAUGCUUUACAUAUGCCUUGCUCGCAUUCAACUCUCUAUCUUCUUUCUUUUACCAGCCACUAAAUCACUUAACUUCAUUGAUUCACUGACAUUUUGAUUUGUAUCUAAACUGAAAAUGAAAAGCACAGUGUUGCAAUAGACAAAGUAUUGUCAAGCUGGAAGCCCUCAAGUCUUUCAAAACAAUGAGAAUUUUUCUACAGAAUAAAUACUAUAAACUUUUUUAAAAACAGAGUUCAAGUCAUACCUGAAUGCAGCCUUUAUCAGUGCGGAAACCACAUCAUCAAGGACAACCACAUUCUAUGUAACGUUAUAUCCAGCGGGGUUCCUAUAAUGAAACAAAUCAAGCCUUUAAUUACAAAGAAAGCUCCCCACAGGGAAAGUCCAAUUCUUAAAGUCUACAUAAGGUUUUUAUUACCAGAAAGUAGCCCGCACAAAAAUGUGCAACUCUGCAGAGACCCGAUGAAAAGUUCUCGAACAAGUCAAGAUAGCCAUCACUCAGAGACACUCCACAGGAUGUCAUUCCAAUUGAUACAGCAUCUGAAAUGGCAGAAAACAAAUAAAGAAAACCAGCAAAAACAGUCGAGGAGUUCUAAAGAUGGAGAAGCAUUUUAUCAAAAUGAAAUUUAAAAGUGCAGUCUUCACUGGCAAAACAACUAGUUGUAACUAACAAACUCCAACAGAAUGAACCUCACUUAAAAAUGGUAGAAUUUGAGACUGCCGGGGCAACUUCAAAAUCAAAGGCGACCCCACAGACACGACUUUUCACUAGGAUGACAGUUUCAAUGACUUCAAGUGCAUCAAUAACAUAGAGGUUAGAGGUCACCCAAACAUUCGAAUCGAAAGAAAGGAAUCGACUUGCUGGAGCCAGAGCAAAGGCCACCAAACAAAUAUAUUUCAUUGAGCACCAGAUUUCAGUCCUGCUCACAUCGAAAACUGGGGUUCACAAUGAUCUAAAUGCAAAUAACAAACGUACCUCUGCCGGCAGGCACGGACUGGACUAAAUAUGAAGGUUGACCGAAGUUGAGGACUGCUCUCCCAAAGUUAAUGCGCGCUCGGAUCGCUGUCGUUAACUGGAAGUCACAGAUACGGAGCAGAAGUUAUUUUUUCUCUUCAAAAUCUCACAUCAUAAUUCAAAUUUGAACGUGUUUUGACAGACACUGUAAACCGUGAUUAGUUCGGGCCGAGUACCGUUUCUGGUUGGUGGCGCUGGUGUCUGACGUGGCGAGAGUCUGCCUCCGAUCAUCUGCUGUCUUCUGCUCGCCCGCUGUACAACCACGAAAACAACUUCAAAACGAAAACACAUAUUGACGAGGAUGCAUUUAAGGGACCUUAAAGGACACAUUGAAGGAUUUAUUUAUCGACCCCAGAAGCUGCAGAGCAUACCAGUCAAUGAUACAAACGGCUGUCACACUUAUCUUAAGUCAGAAGUCAAAGUUGAAAACCAUGAACCACAUUCAUUUAAAGAUAAGCCCAGUUGUUCUGUAGACAAACCGUUGGAUUCUAAGAUUAGCCUCAACGAGUCACAGUGUUCAUUUGAAGAGAAUUUGUAUUCACAUUCGUUUGACGAGGUGCCCAUAACUUCUGAAGACAACCCACUGCAUUCAGAGAUGAGUGUCGAUGCGUCACAAGAAACAUGGGACCCAGAUUUCUUCAAAGAGAAGUCCGCUACCUUUCUGGAGAGUCCGAUUAAAUCUGAAAUGAGCCUCAUUACAUCCCAACUCACAUUUGAGGAGAGUUUAGACUCACAUUCAUUUGAAGAGGAACCCAUAACUUCUGUGGACAAUCAACGGAACUCUGAGAUGAGCCUUACUGCCUCGCAAUUUCUAUUCGAGGACUCCAUGGUCCCUGUCAGUCAUCCCCUGAACAACAGUUACAAGAGACAAAAAGAUCCUCUUGCAAUAUCUCCAGUCAAAGGGAGGCCAGACAAUUCACAUCACCCAACAGACCAGCUGCUGGCUCGUGCCGCAGAAGCACUACGGAUGCGCCUCAAACCCAACUGGAUUUGUCUCUUGGAAGGAAAAGGAAUCCACUCCAUGCAGCUCUCAAGAAAUUUCGAGAAGUGUACCCAACGCAGAAUUUUCUUCAACACUUGUGGAGACGUCCAUUUAAGUGUGCACUGUGUCCCUAUUCCCAUCACAAAUUUUGUUCCCUGUCUGAAGAUGGUUUGGAGAGAACUGCCUUCUGUCAGGCAACAAGAACAUGACAUUUAUGAUGAGAAAUGGACUAGACAACACAAGCACAAUCUGUGGGGCUUGAAAUCCGAAGCAUCUGAGAGACUGUCGCGGAAGGAAAUGAAGCUUCCACCCUCACCUUGCAAUCUGCUCGUGGUACUUGUUCUUAUCUCAAACAAAUUUGCAGACUUGGUUCAGGUCUCAAUUUUAUGGGAGAAAAGAGGGCUUGAAGGAAAACCACACAACAGGCAUGCACUGUUGGUGGCUUUAACAUCCAUUGAAAUUCUUGGGAUCGACAGACUCCAGAGAGAAAGGCUCCAGUCAUGUGGAGGGCUUCUCCCUGAACCUUUGAAGCCAUCAUUUGUCAAAGUUGGGCCAAAAUUGUAGGAACUGCUAAGCAAUGUGUAUCAGAAUCCGGAAACCUCUAGCGAUUCAUAAACUUGUUACAGGUCCUGUGAGGCCAAAUUUGAACAUACAGAUUUUAUUCUUAGAUCAAAUUAAGGUUUAAAAGAGGGCUUGAAGGAAAACAUAACUAAAAUGGAAGCUGGGUGCUUUGCUGCGCAGUGGUCCAAACAAUGCAACAUUCAAUGAAGUUUUGGCUGAAAGCAGACUGCUUCCACCUAAAAUAGGACCAAAUUAAUUUAUCUCUAACAUUUACAGCCAGAGCUGAGAGCUGGCCUUAAUCAUCUAGAGGGUUGUUCCCUGAAGCUUUUGGGCCAUCAUUUGUCAAAUUUGUACAAAAAUUGUGAGUACUGGAAAUGUUUUUGUCUGAGAAAGUCUCGAAGAGGCCAGGCUUUAAUGGUCAGAGCCCGAAACUCAUCGCAAACUCAAUAUAAAGCUCUCAGAGGGCCUCAGGAACGCGGGAAGGGAUGGUAAAAGUGUUUUGGAGUAUCCUGGAAUCAAACUAAAGCCUCUCUAUGAAUAUGAUGAUGAAAUACAAAAAUUGAAUAGUUUCAACUUUUCACAGAGGUUGCAAAAUUAAGGGAGGAAAACUAGUAAGAUUACAGAUAAUGACUCCAAAUUUGGCAGGAAGAACCUUCAACUUGUAGACAAGAUGUAUGCUGAAGCCCUUCAUGUUACGAUGAACAAUAAUCUUGACGAAACAUUUCUACUAUUGCAACUACAAGAAUGCCAGCGUACACAUUUCUGAACCUCUUCUAGGAGGCAGCCAGAGUUAUGAUCGUGUUAACUGUUAAUUUUCUUGGCUUGUAGUGGGUGAUGUAGUGGCUUUGAUAAGCCAUUGUAUAAGAUUAAAUCUGCUUCAUUGUCAUGAUGUACUGAUGAAAAAAAAUGCUCUCAUUUUGCAACUUUGUUAAUGGUGUAUAGAAAUUUUUAAUACGAGGUAUGAAAAUGUAAAUCUUAUAAGGGACGUUGUGAGUGAUAGUCAAAUAAUACAUGUAACAAACCAUUUAUUCUUGAGUAAAACCUCAGUCUUUCCUGCAAGUGAUGUUCAAAUAAUAUACAUUAACUUAAAAAUGAAAAAAAUAAACAAAUAACUGUUUUUCAA